AUGGGUACUUACUUGUCUCAGCUAGGAGUUGUCAUGCUCACUCAGAGGUCUCAGUGGCGGUGGCACGGGCACUGGAUCGCUCGAUUCCCUAUUAUAUGGUCGAGUUGGGCGGUGCUGGUCUACGUGUCAUUGCCAUGUGCUGCUAUAAGGAAAUCACCGAAAUAUUCAAAAGCUACAGGUAACCAGGGAGCGCUUCAAAAGACCGAGAGCAAACCCUUACUAGAAAAAAAUACCGAAGUACGUAAUACUAAAGAAUAUAUUAAACCAUUAGCAUAUACACAAAAAGUAAAAGAAACGCAAUUCGAAAAAUGCCAAAGAAUUAUAAAGCAAACUUUACGGAAAAAACGAACGAAGGAACCUGAAUUAGCAGAACAGUACUUUUCCCAUGGCCUUAAUAUAGAACAAACAAGACUAGAGAUAGACAAGUCGGAAAGGCAAAAGUUGGCAGAGAACAUGAUAACAGAUGACAGAACACAUUUUGUCGUCUUUAAAACGGUACCAGAAUUGGAGGAUGAACCUGAAGAACUGUGGGCAAAGGAGUCUAUGGUAAGAGUGGAACCGAAAUGCCUUGAUACAGACACCGGCGAAGAUUUAAUUCUUAUAAAGCCGACACUAAACGUACACUUGAUGUCUGCUACAUUUCCCGACGACUUAAUAACGGAAACAGCAAAUAAUAAAGAACAGAUCUAUGAGAAUUUGUCUCUAGAAGAAACUAUCACCAACGAAGACACAGAUAAAUAUGUAGAGAGCCAUGAACAUUAUAACAAAAUGUUGCACGAAACCUACGAACAACUAAAAGAAAAUGUAGCUCAUACUAUUGACAUACAUGAAACUAGAAAUAAACUAGGUGAACCGUAUGUCAUAAAUGAACGCACUAGUAAAAUUCCGGUCUUGGAAAGCAAGACCAACCAUUCCAUAUUGAAAAAACCUAGCUUGCCUAAUACUGCUGAGAUGGAUAGCCAAGUUUUUACUAACCAUUUGCAUCCACACCUCCGCCAUAAUGCUUUUGUGCCCUCAACUGCUAAAGAGAAACAGGAACAACUAACACAAAACGUGGAGCAUAUACAGGAAACACCAUUAGUUGCCCCUCAAAAACAAAGUAACGUAACUCCAAGGCUUUUGGGAGAAUUGGAAUCAGACUAUGGUCGCAUUAAGUGCAAGCAUUUAGAUGGCAUGUCUCGUAGAAAAUCCAGUAGUGGGUACUCGAGCUCGGACGAAAUUGUGAAAUAUCUGGUUCACCCAUUUCGUCAACUCGAUGAACCUCUCCUAAAUGAAUUAGAAAAGAUUGGAAUUUCCAUAACCUGUCAAAAUGCGCAAAUAUCCUUUCCACUUAUAGAAGACGAUCGAGUCCAGAUGAAUAUAUUACGUAGCUACACAAAGCUAGACCAAUUUGAGGAAAAUGAGACUGUUGCCAUUUAUUCAGAUAAAAUAUGUCCAGUACCACCAAGGAUUACAGAGAAGUUACUUCCCGGCAAAGACGCUGAGGCUGAAGAACUAGCCGUAAAAUUAACUGAUAGCGAUAAGGGAGGGGACAGUUUGACUAUGUAUCCAAGUCAUAUAUAUAUAGAUAAACAUUACGACCGUGGAACAUUAAUUACAAAAUUAAGACCUAACGUUGAUACCCUAGAAGCGAAGUCUCAAGAAGUAAAGGAACGAGAAAUAGAUAAUCCGCAGACAAAACAGGAUUUACAAGUUAAUUCUGCACAAAUUCCUCCAAUUAUUAAAGAAAUUACAACUACAUUCGUAACGGAAUUGUCACCAAAAAGCACAUCAGAAGCGGGACAGACUUCCCCAGCAUCAAAGCCAGAAGAACCGCAUGUAACUAAAUCAUGGAACUUUUUUGCAAAACCAGGAUAUAGGUGUUUUGUACAGACUGAUACGUCAGCAUUACACAACAAACAUCAUCGAAAUUCCAAAGGAAUGAAUAAACCUUCCUAA